GCCGCCUCCCCUGAGCCUGCGGGCGGCGCGGAGGCCGAGGAGCGGUCGCUGCAGCGCAUGCUGCGCGCCAUAGCCGAGGAGCGCGGCCGCCUCAGCCUGCGCCGUGAGGUCUGCGGCCUCGGGUGCUUCAAGGAUGACCGCAUCGUCUUCUGGACUUGGAUGUUCUCUACCUACUUCAUGGAGAAAUGGGCGCCGCGGCAGGACGACAUGCUUUUCUAUGUGCGCCGGAAGCUGGCGUACCCGGGCAGCGAGGGCAGCGUGGAUGGGAGGAAGCUGGCCGAGACUGAGCCCGAGGUGGAGGUAGAGGUAUACCGGCGUGACUCCAAGAAGCUGCCGGGCCUUGGAGACCCUGACAUCGACUGGGAGGAGAGUGUCUGCCUGAACCUCAUCCUGCAGAAGCUGGACUACAUGGUGACUUGUGCUGUGUGCACACGCGCUGAUGGGGGGGACAUCCACAUCCAUAAGAAGAAAUCCCAGCAAGUGUUUGCGUCCCCCAGUAAACACCCCAUGGACAGCAAAGGGGAAGAAUCCAAGAUCAGCUACCCCAACAUCUUCUUCAUGAUCGACAGCUUCGAGGAGGUGUUCAGCGACAUGACGGUGGGGGAGGGAGAGAUGGUAUGCGUGGAGCUGGUGGCCAGUGACAAAACCAACCUGUUCCAAGGGGUCAUCUUUCAGGGCUCCAUCCGCUAUGAGGCACUCAAGAAGGUGUAUGACAACCGAGUGAGUGUGGCUGCCCGUAUGGCACAGAAGAUGUCAUUCGGCUUCUACAAGUACAACAACAUGGAGUUUGUGCGCAUGAAGGGGCCCCAGGGCAAGGGUCAUGCGGAGAUGGCAGUCAGCCGCGUGUCUAUUGGUGACACGCCCCCCGGCGGGACCGAAGAGGAUUCCAGCCCGGCUUCACCCAUGCAUGAGCGGGUGACCUCCUUCAGCACGCCCCCCACCCCGGAGCGGAACAACCGGCCCGCAUUCUUCUCCCCAUCCCUCAAGAGGAAGGUGCCCCGGAACCGGAUCGCUGAGAUGAAGAAGUCUCACUCGGCCAAUGACAGCGAGGAGUUCUUCCGCGAGGACAACGGCGGGGCGGAUCUGCACAAUGCCACCAACCUGCGGUCUCGGUCCCUGUCUGGCACGGGGCGGUCUCUGGUCGGGUCCUGGCUGAAGCUGAACAGAGCGGAUGGAAAUUUCCUUCUCUAUGCACACUUGACCUACGUCACUUUGCCGUUGCAUCGGAUUUUAACAGACAUCCUGGAAGUGCGGCAGAAGCCCAUCCUGAUGACCUAGCCGUGUGCAGAGCCUGCGCAGAGCCCCCCAGCCAUGCCCAGCCCUGGGGGUGCUGCCAAGUGCCUAGCUGUCCACCACCACCGGGGUCUUCUGUGACAACCCAGCGCCGUCGCCGGAGCCAGGCGGGGCCGCUCGACUCCUGGGGCCAGGGCCGACUCCACGAACACCAGCCCAAACUGAAGUGCCUCUUCCUCCUCCCCUGCUGGCUCUGCUCCUGCCCCUGCGCCCGCCCCCCCCCCCCCCCGCCCAUCUCUGGAGCGCCCUCUGCACCCCCAGAGGACCAGAGAUGCCAAGAGGCUGUAAGAGAGAGCAGAGGAGCAGCCAGGGUCCAGAGUGUGUCCAGACCCGCCGACCCGACGUCUACACUCAGACCGCAGGUGGAGAGACCACCCGGUUGGGGGCACGCAGAGUGUCAGUGUGUCGACGCCUUCCUAAGGAGAACUGGCUCAAUCAAGGUUUCGUGCUGCUGUGCCCAUGAACUUGAGCGUCCGAGUUAGUCCCGACUUGUCCGCCCUCCCUUGUUUACCACUUGGUUACAAAUGGGUUGCCUCGGGGAGAGGGGGCACACAGCUGUCUGAGGGGUUUGCCCUGGGCUGGGAAUACCUCACCCACGCCCGGUUCCAGAAAGGCCUCGAGCUGAGCAGACAGGCCCCGAUCCUGCCAGAAUGGCCUUUGCUUCCAGCCAAAGAGCACCACCAACACACACACCUCCACCCUGGAGAUACCCCGCUCUGCACCUCGGCUGGCGUGACCCACAGAAAAUUUGGACUCCGAGGGCGGGUGGGAUGGCUUGGUAGUCAGACAGGAGAAGAGGGUUGGGGGGGUGGGGUUGGCUUCCUCCCAGGAAGGUUCUAGGUAGAACCUCCAUCCUCGGGGGGGCCAGGGAGGGGAUAGGGUGUUUCCUGGAGCUUGCUUGCUUUGACUGAGUGCGCUGGUCCCAUUUCUCAGACCAGCUCACUGAGGCAAAGAGGAAUUGACCUCCAGGCGGCUGGUCCAGUGGGUUUGUGUGAGCGGCCAUGCGGCUCCGGGCUCACCCGCGGCCUUGUUCGGGCUGGAGGGAUUCCCACCUGUGAUGGAUGACACGUUGUGCUCUUCUCAGAACCACGAGCCUUCUCGAGUGGAAGCGGUUCCCUGCCCCAUUGGGAAUAAACCGUCAGCUGGG